AUGCAUACAGCACUGCAUGCCAACAAAAUUCUUCGGCAGCAUAUGUUGUAUGUUAGUGCACCAUUGGUAGUGGAGGGGAUAGGUGGGAAUGUCGCAGCCACGGCGUUGCAGGGCGGGGCGCGUGGUACUGCUGUUAACUCAGAGCAACAUAAGUUUUCACGCCCCAUUCUUGUGGACGCGAAAAACUAUUCGGUACAACAUGCAUCCAAACACCUUGAAGCUGUUGAGAAAAGUGGUUCUGUAAAAGAUUUGGAAAUUCUGCGAGAAGCCCUUAUUGUUUGCUGCAGCUCUACUCAAAGAUUUCCUUUGCCACAAGUGACAUUAGCGGAAUUACUUCGUAUAUUUCACGAACAUAUGCAGUAUCACCUAGAUCUUGAGGGUCUUCUUGCAGGCGAUUACAUUCUCAACUCAUUCUCUCUUUUUUUUGCCUGUGACCGCCAGGAGGCUUUUCAACGGUACACAAUGCCGCUUGUAGAGCUUGGUAUAUUGCGGCCCAUCGACGCAAACUACCGUAACUUGGGAAAAUUUGAAGCUGCACGUUUUUUUUACCGACCGCCUUGUUUGUCAGAUUUGCACUUACUGCCUUUUCGUGAGUCACUUUCACGAUUCAUAUGUAUUUUUUGCCAUAAAUCUUGCAUUGAAGGAGGCAAUGAGCUUAUCUACGUGAGUCACUCACGUUGGAUGUUUGGUCCACAACCUAGUGCUCCUGAUGCGAAGGAUUCCCUGUCUUCUCCCUUCAGUCCAUUUCCAGAGGCCCUUCGUCGGGGAUUUCUUGGACCUCUCAUGCAGUUUGUAACAUCUUUUUGCAUUGACGAUUGUAAAGUGCACGAUGCGUGGGGUAGUGACUGCUGUAUUGUGCGUCUUGAUGGCGUGAAGGUAGCGCUAGUUUUGCUAUCACUAAAUAACACAUCCCUCACUGUAUUGAACCCGGAGGAGAAUAACUUGGAUCGGUGUGAUUGCCCAACGACAGUUUUAUUUGGUUUUCCCGAAGGGGUGCCAGAUGCAAAGAUUCGCUUGGCUUUGCAAUGCAUGUUUGAUGUGGUUGAAAUGCGAGAGGGGCCCCGCGUGGAUUUUGGUGUUGUUUUUGGUCAGUCGCCAGAUGAGUUUCGACGGUGGUGUCGGUCAAUUGGAAAUAAAUUUUUUUACAUGACAAGUGACCUGUUCUUCAAUCCUCAAGGUUCUAGCUGCAUGUCGUCUUUACGGCCUGAUUGGGAGCUGAUUUCUUUGCCAGGAACUGAGAAAAGCCGAUAUGAAAGGAACGAGCGUGGAUUUACGUCAUACGAACCACAUAUUCUCAAUCCUCUUCUGCGAGCCGCUCCACUAUCGAGCCGGGCUUUUGCAUUAGCGCUAGAUCUUCGCUCUUGUUUUGAGAGAGCCAUUUCAGCGAAGAGAACACUUGGGGGGUGCUUUGCAAUGGUACUUCUGGUGGGCGUGCGGGUGAUUCUUAGUGACUGUCAUCCCUAUCUAACGUCACUGCUUAGAGCAGAGGCACGACUUGAUAAUUUCGCCUUAGACCCGGAUCUCCAGCUUCCAUCGAGUCCUUUAGCGGACGAGACGUUUGGUGGUAGAGAUGAAACAGUAAAUUUUUCCUCUCUUUGGAGCCGUGUAGUUUGCUCAAAUUUCCGCGGAUCUACUCUGCGUCUUGCUUGGCGAUACCUUCCAGCCCACGUCGUUCGUCUUACGCAAAAUGAGACAGAGGGAAUGGAUACAAACGGACUUUUUUAUCGUUUGGCUUCUGUGUCAACGGGGGAUGUGACGCUGGUUAUGCUUAUUGGGAGUGGAAGAAGAUUUUCUGUUCUUGAAGGAACAGAGGUCGAUGAGGUGUGGGGCGAACUGGAGGACGUUUGCCUACGGGAACUGUCGGAGCGGGAACACGAGAUGAUGAUUCUUUCUUCGGCUGUCGCGGAGUGUGAACCACCGCAGCGUUUCUUGGACGGUGAUUCACGCGAGUGGGAUGCUCUUUGUGUUUCUCACGAUCUUACCACAGGGGCGCUUAGGUUGCUGGGUCAGCGUGGCGGCGUUUUGGCACUGGAUAAUAUUGCCUUGGAGCCACUUUUUUCAAAUGGGAUGUUGCACACGCAAUCGUUGCUUGGGCGCCCUUUUUGCCCGCCGCAACGUUAUGACGACGACGCGAUGGCCACAUAUUUUGCGUUUGCCGAACUUCCCGUCACACGUGUCGUGUUAGGCCGUACUGCAUUUGGAGGUGGUAGGGACCGGCGAUCAGCUGGUGCUCUGUACUCUUGUCAACGUGGGGGGCAGGAACUUUUUUUUGCUGAAAACAAACACUCCACUUUUUGUUCUGUAGAGGACAAUUUCUUUUUUUUUAUUGCUUCUCAAAUGGGCGACGGGGAAGUCACAAUAUGA